AUGGCUCAACGACGGCCGUUGCCAGUAUUCCUUCGUGCAUACAAGGGUCCCAGAAGCUAUGUACGGCCGCUGCCUCAUCAUACCGUGCCAGGCCGUCAAGGAAGCCGCUUUACCAGCACACAAACCUCAGCCAUCAACAUGGGAACGAGGAUGUCUCCGGGCACAGCGCUGGUAGGCCAAUCCGGUAAAUGCUACGUUAUUCAACAGAUACUGCAAGAGAAGGAAAACUAUCCUUUGCGCGUUUACCUUGCUCAAUCCGAAAGCGAGAAAUUUGUGCUCAAAAACGUUGCUGAUUUCGAGUACCUACGAGAGAUCUAUCGAAGGGUCGAUGGGGAUCCUUACCUGAGGCUUCCACAGGACUCGAUGGUCGGGCACUCGAUGUUUGUGUACAAGUACUUGACGACCGAUUUUUUGAAACUGCCUUGUCAACUCGAGCUGCCGCUGGAAACGACGAAGAGGGUUUUCAGAGACGCCUUGCAGGGCCUUGCUGUGUUGCAUGCGAAUGAUAUCGUGCAUAACGGUAAUAUCAAGGCAAACAACAUCCUAGUUGAUCAAGAAGAUGGUAAGAUAACGGACGUACGGCUAGGUGAUAUUGAAGAUGCCGCAAUCGUACCUGAAGGCAGUGAGAUUGCAGGAAGACAGCUAGGAAACUGGAUGUGGCGGAGUCCAGAAUCGCACGCAGAAGGACCCUUAAACUCGCCUUCUGACGUCUUCUCCUUUGCAAUCGUGUGCAUCUACGCCGUUCACAAGAAAGUUAUCUUCGCAGUUGAUGAGAGCGAGCUAGGUGAGGGAGAAGAAAAACUGGCCCGUGUGAUUGAGCGACAGAUCUCGUUUUUCGCGGAUCAGGAUAGCAUCCAGGAAUUCCUGCAUCAUAUUAGCGAAAGUCCCUGGGCCGAGAUCUUCAGGGUUAUUCGGGAUGGAUUCAACAAGGAGAAUCCUCGGAGACCAUUUGCGUUGUGGAAGGGCGUUGAUCCGGUGUUCAAGGAUCUGGUCCUUCGAAUGACGCAUUUCAAUCCGGAUAAGAGGAUCACGGCACGGGAGGCACUAGCGCACGAGUGGUUUAAGGGUAUAUAG